AUGGCGGAGGUGGUGGUGGCGGCAGUGGUGACGGUGAUGGGGGCGACAAUGGUGGCGAAUCCAUUUUAUGUGCUUCAUAAAGCAUCUACUUGUCAACAACAUGUUACAAAAUCUGUUGGAAAGAGGAGUAGAAAAGUUAAGGUUAAUUUAUCGGCAUCAUUGGCUACUAGUGAUGAAGAUGAUGUUUCCGAUGAUCGAGUGAACGAGAUUACGAGAAUGAAAAAUUUUCAUGAGGCGUGGGUGAAAAUUGAGUCGACCAUUAAGGAUGUUUUGCAUAACAACAAUGCUGAUGUAUUCAAUGAGAUAGAUAGUUGGGUGCACAAAUCAUUUGAUACAAUCUGUUCGAUUGGCAGGCCCGAUGCGAACAAAGCUACUUGUGCAUACCCUAUUGUAACUGAUGUUACAGCUAAACAAAUUUUCACUGCCCUAGUUGUAAUGAACAACAUGGAAUUUGUCGAUGAUCUUCAAACGUUUGCGGAUCUAGGUAUACAUUUGGAUUCACAUGGUUGCCAUGUGGCUAACCUCUCAUCAGUGGAUUUCUUAGCCAAGAAUGGCAUAGGUGGCUGUUUGAGAAGUCUAUCAAGGCAGAUCUUAAAGGAUAGCAUUGAUUCAGCUGACAUAUCUAUCUUAGCAUCUUGGUACAUGGAGCAAGAGAACUCUACACGUCCAGUGGUUGUUAUAAUCGAAGAUAUGGAUAGGUGCAGUGGACCUGUACUUUCUGAUUUCAUACUCAUGUUGAGUGAAUGGGUGAUAAAGAUCCCAAUAAUCUUAAUACUGGGGGUUGCAACGACUGUUGAUGCCCCAAAAAGCAUUCUCUCUUCCAAAGCAGUUCAACACCUUUUUCCUUCCAAGUUCUUAUUGGGAUCUCCAGCUGAUAGAUUGGAUGCCAUCAUUAAUGCAGUCCUUGUAAAACCAUGCUCUGGGUUUUUAGUUGGCCACAAGGUUGCAGGUUUCUUGAGAAAUUGUUUUUUGAGACAGGAUGGAACAUUGACUUCUUUAGUUAGAGCUGUAAAGAUGGCACUUGUCCAGCAUUUUCUUACGGAGCCUUUAAGCUUCACAGUGAAAAGCUUUAUUGAUGAAGAGGAAACACAGUGUGGGAAACCAGAGGCAUGGCCCAAGAAAGCCCUUGAGCUUCCAUCUUGUAUAAGACUUUCUGAACCAAAAAGUGAAGUUAUGUUAGAUGGACCGUCAAAAAUGAAGGAAGUAUUGAACUUGUGGAGCUGUGUGGUUUUGUGUUUGCAUGAAGCGGGAAAGAAUCAGAAAACCACCCUCUUAGACUUGUAUCACGAAGCAUUGGAUCCAAAGCUUUACAACCUGAGGCAUUCUGAUAGUUUAGAGUCGAAACCUGAUACUCAAAGACCUUCACAGAACCAUGGUAUGGAUGGCCAAUCAAUUAAACUGCAUAAGGGUGGUUUAAUUGGCCACACAAUUCGCCAGGUAAGGGACCUGCGGCCUGCUGCUUUGAUUCAGUUGUUUGAGAAGUGGAGUAAACAAACAAAUGGUGUCAAUGAGAUCCAUGAGAAAGUAAAGGAGCUUCAGUUGCAAGAGACCUCGGAGGACGAUAACCUGAAAGAACCGCCAAGCAGAUCCAGGAGACAAACAAUUCGGAGCGUACGAAAUUUAGACAAAAGUACCAAAGCAUUAAAUGAGAAAGCUGCUGCAUCGAUUAGUACCAUGACAAGGGACUAUAUGCAUCCCAUUGAGUGCAUUCCUUUUCAUGAAAUUAUUUGCUUUAAGAAUGCCGACAAACUGCAGACUGCAUUAUUUGGAGAUCCUAGAAGAAGGAUCCAACUUGAUAUACUGGAUAGCCACAGCCUCUUGAAUUGCAGUUGCUGCAGCAAAAAUGACAAUCCUUCAAUUUCAUCAUCAAUGCAUGAUACAACACUAAUGUAUACCCUAGCUCAGGAGCAUGGUGACCUUAUCAAUCUACAUGACUGGUAUCAGUCUUUCAGAGCUAUCAUUUUUCAGCGAACUGUAAAAGAAAGGAACAGGUCAAAGGUUUCACCAUCUCCCAAGAAAAGAAAAACUAUGGCUGAACCUCAAAAUAUAAAAGAGGCCUCCGUUCAAGCACGAUUUUGCAGGGCAGUAACAGAACUCCAAAUUACAGGACUACUUCGGAUGCCUAGCAAGAGGCGCCCUGAUUAUGUACAGAGGGUGGCCUUUGGACUCUGACAACUCACGCUGCCAUAAUUAUGUUAUAGUUUGUACUUUGUAGUGUAUAUGUUUUGACUGCAAUUGAUAUUGAUUAUUUACACGCAAUGACUAGUUUGUCAUUUACAUUCAUAUAUGCCAUUUGAU